CCGCACCUACUACUACACUCCUCCCUGGUCCCAACUUCCAAUCUGCAAGAGCGACUGAGAGACACACACACACAGAAACGGCAGCGCGAGCCGCAGGCACAUCGUCUCCUCGGCUCCUCGCCCCGCGCCGGCCGCCGGCGAGAAGGGCCGCAGCCCGCGGCCAACGGACGCACGGUGUGCACGGCCUCCUCUCCCUUACCGACGCCGCGCUCCUCCCUUGUGCGCGCGGCCUGGCCUGACCGACCUCCUCGCCUGCACCGCGGCGACCGGGGACAAGCAGGUCGGUCUGCCUGCCGGGGCUGAACGCGGCUGGAUCGAAUUCAAUUGUGAAGGUAUCCAUUCUUUACCUCGUAGCAGCAGAAAUCUCGUCUCGAUCAUGGGGAGCCAGACAAUGGCGUCGAAGGCCGGAGGCGGGGGCGUCGCGCGGCGCGGAGGAGGGCGGAUGCGGAGUCUGGGGAGGCAGGGAUCCAUGUACAGCCUCACCCUCGACGAGGUGCAGAGCCAGCUGGGCGAGCCGCUGCACAGCAUGAACCUCGACGAGCUGCUCCGGAGCGUGUUCCCUGACGGCCUGGCCAUCGCCGACGGUGCCGGUGCCACCACCAGUAGCCAGCAGCAUCAGCCGGGCUCGGGCCUCCUGCGGCAGGGGAGCAUCACGAUGCCGCCUGAGCUCAGCAAGAAGACGGUGGACGAGGUGUGGAAGGGGAUCCAGGCUGCUCCGAAGAGGAAUGCCGAAACGGGCGGCGGCGGCGGCGGAGGUCGACGGCGGCGAGAGAGGCAGCCGACGCUUGGGGAGGUGACGCUCGAGGAUUUCCUGGUCAAAGCUGGGGUUGUCACCCAAGGAUCUCUCAAGGAGCUUAGUGAUGUAGGCAAUGUGGAUCCGGUUGGAAGAGGUGUUACAGCAACCGGGACUGUGGAUCUGGCACCUGGAUCACACUGGAUAGAGCAGUAUAAGCAGCAGAUUGCAUCUACUGAUGCUCAUCACCAUGGGCAGCAAGGUGUGCAGGGUGCUUAUUUUCCGAAUCGAUUGGUCCCUCAGCCACUUAAUGUUGGCCCCGGUGCUAUUCUGGAGCCAUCCUACUCUGAUGGCCAGACUUCUUCAGGAAUGAUCGGCGGAAUGUCCGAUUCGCAGACGCCUGGAAGGAAGCGAGGCAUGUCAGGGGAUGUGGCAGAUAAGUUGAUGGAGAGAAGGCAGAAGAGGAUGAUCAAGAACAGGGAGUCAGCUGCCCGUUCAAGAGCCAGGAAGCAGGCCUACACUAAUGAACUUGAAAACAAGGUUUCUCGUUUAGAAGAGGAGAAUGUGAGGCUAAAGAGGCAAAAGGAGUUGGAUGAAUUAAUUUGCGCUGUGCCUGUACCAGAACCCAAGUAUCAACUCAGGAGAACAAGCUCCGCAGAUUUCUGAUCAUGCCCGCAGUAUUUUAUUUUAUAGUUUUUGAAGUGCUCUUGCUUGUAAGUUUUGCCUCCUGGGGUUUAGAAUCAUUUCCUAGCUUCUUCUUGGCUUAUGUCUAGCUUAGUGAUUUGUAUUGUGUAGAUUAGCAGGAGCCUAGUAUGUGUUCUGGUAGCACUGCUAUCUUUCUGAGGCCUUGCUACUUUCCUAGCUAGGAGUAUGUAAAUUUGCUGGACACAUCUAGGUUCUCAGAGCUUUCUUAUACUUGGUGGUGACAUCGGCUGCUCUUCCAUAGAACUGCAAGGAGGAUGCAAUCUUUAAGCCCAAAUACUUCACUAAGAUGAAGGGUUGUAACAUUACUGUAAAAUUCAAUUUCUGGAUAGAACUAGCUGGACUA